UCCCGGGCAGGGCGGCAGAAGGGGGCGGUGCCAGGCCCAGUGACCAGUCCCGUUGGGGCGGGGCCAAAAUCCAGGGCCCCGCCGCAAUGAGGGGGGCAGGGUGUGGGAGAGCGCCGUGCCAGAUGUCCUGGUCCAGUCCUUCUCAGGGGCACAGAGCUGGAGCAGCAGCCCCCAGGCUGGUGCUGGACAGUGCCCAGGGAGCGUGGGACAGGCCUGAGGAAGGAGAGCAAGAACCAUGCCACUUCCCUAGGUGCAGUGCCCCACUCUCCUGAGUCCCAGCAGUCGAGGGCCAGUGGGUGACCCUGGAGUGCCCAUUACUAACCUGUGGCCCUGUUUUUGCAUGGGCUGUCCCAUGAACUCAGUGGCUGUGUCCCCUAAUUCAGCUUCCAUAAUUAAGGAAGGCUGAAUGCUUCCCUGGUCGGCCUUGCCACUGCUAAAAUUGGGCAGCACUUAGGCUAGAGUCCCACCAGACUUGGGCUGCAUACAUGCAUUCAGAUAACCUGGGGAAAUUUGCCCAGGCUUGUUCUCCUUGUAGAGAAACUUACCCAGAGCCGCGAAUACAGACGCUCACCUACUGAGGCCCUGAAGAGUGGAGGGCUUGCUGUGCUGACAUGGUGCAGCCAGGGGGACUCCUGUGCACGUGUCUCCGUAUGUUCUGCAGGCUCCCUUAGUCUGCCUGGCAGCAGAUGACAGCAAUGCAUAGGGCAGCCUCGCUUGGCUGACAGACGGCCCAUGGUCAGCCUGUGUUGUCAGCAGGCACAGACAGUUGAUCCCUCAGGAGACACUCUUCUGGAAGUGAUUUAACCCUGAUUGUGCACAGUUUUUUUUUCCCCCCUGGAGUAGCCAUUUUUACUCAGAGAAAAAGCCUGAACAUCUGUACAUUUGUGGUUUCUCUCCAUUUCCUAGCUUUUACAGAAACAAAUAGAAACCCAGCCUUUUGGGGGAGAAAGCCUCCCUCAGCAAUCUCUCUGCUUAAAGAACCUAGAUGCAGUUGGCCAGGAGAGUUUAGCAGGAUGAAGUUAAAUCUUUCCAAGGUGGUCAACGGAUGCCGUCUUGGGAAAUUGACUAAUCUUGGCAAGGAAGGGGCUGAAGUUCUGGAGUUUCCAGGCUGCCUGCUGUAUACCAAGACAGGAUCCCCACCGCAUCUCACGCACGACACGCUGCAGGCGAUCAAAGGUGUUCCCACUGUUGCACAGAUCACGCUUUCAACCCUUGUGGAACUUCAUGAGGUCUUGGAGGAGUACAAGGAAGGAAUUGGGAAAUUUAUAGGUAUGCCAGACUCGGUGCUGUACUGCUCAGUUCAAGACCCUGCCACUUCUUGUCCAUCUGGCUACAAUACCAACACGACAGUGUCCAUAUGGGGAUGCGGUGGGCGGAUGCAAAUGACGGCUUUCAAGUUCAUGAGCAUGCAGCAAGCUCUUAAGCCCAACUGGUUCCAGUGCCUUUCGGAUGGAGACACUGCUUCUGGUGAAACCAGCAGGAAGAGAGCUAAGAAGUCUGUGGACCGAUCACUUUCCUUUCUGGACAAGUGCCUUGAGCUGCUAGAGAAAUCACCGGAGCUGCAGGAGAGUGUGCUGAUUGGGGUGAUCGAAGGUGGAGACGUUCUGGAGGAGAGGCUCAGGUCAGCCAGGGAGACUGCAAAGCGUGCUGUGGGUGGAUUCCUGCUGGAUGGCUUCCAGGGCCAUGCUAUGGCCAAAGAGACCAAGCUGAGAUUGAUGGACUCAGUCACAGCGGAGUUACCAGAGGACAAACCAAGACUCAUCCAUGGUAUUGGCAAACCUGAUGAGGUACUAGAGUGCAUUGAAAGAGGAGUGGACAUCUUUGAGAGUGCUUUCCCCUACCAGGUGACAGAGCGGGGCUGUGCCUUGUCCUUCAGCUAUGACUACCAACCUGACCCAGAAGCAGCAGUGUUGAAACAAAAUUGGACCAAGGAUGCUGGGGGAAAUGGCAGCAAAAAAGACAAGGAUGAAACCUCCAAAGCUGAUUUGGAAAUGACAUCGUUUGAGAUAUUUUUGAAGGACAAAAGAUACCAGGAUGAUUUUGGUCCCCUUGUACAAGGUUGCUCCUGUUACUGCUGUCAGAACCACAGUCGAGCCUACGUCCAUCACCUCCUGGUGACCAAUGAGCUGCUUGCUGGUGUCCUGCUUAUGAUGCACAACUUCCAGCAUUAUUUCAGCUUCUUUGGCGCUAUCCGGGAUGCACUGAGAGAUGAGAGACUCAAUCAACUGAAGAAAGUAAUCUCCAAGCAGGCACUUGUCACAGCAUUGCUAAGGACCAGAAAUGAAUGACCCUCCAUUGUACACUUCAUCUGAAAGUGGGCUCUUCUAGCAGCAUAGGGCUGCUUCUAUGAUGCUGUUUUGGAAACAGCCUGAUGCAGGCUGUGCAAGAUGAAGGGCAGAUAUGAUUAAAGACAGAUUAGCUCCUGAAGAAUACAGUCUUUUCUCCAAACAUCUUAGAUGGAAAAAAACAGCAGAAGAAUUGUCUGAGUGCGCACACUAAAGUUGUGCAAAAGGAGCAGAAGUUGUGUUGAAUAUUUUUUACUAUUCGUUCAUUUGGGAAAACGUUAGUCACAUCCAAGCUGUAUCUCUAAUAGAGUUGCUCACACACGUUAGGGAGAUGAGGCAGCUUAUCAAAAUCUACAUCAGCCAUUUCCAGUCCAUCUAUGCCAGUCUUCUUCAUCUAACUGCUGAGAAUUAUUUUUUCAGUUAAGGUUUUGUGGCACAUGGUAUUAAAUGUUUGUUAAAAUUCAAAUGAUUAAGAUCUUGCAAUAAAAUAUUCAUGUAUCUUGUAA